AUGCGGAUGCGGGUGGCGGCCGUGUUGUACGACAUCUCGGCGAGCUUGCGUUGCGCGGCCUCGCGCACGGUCCACGGGAGGCGGCUCGACAUGACGAUGGACUUGAGCACCAGACGCGUCGGCUCGGCUUUGGCGAACAUGCGCCGGCGCGCCAUGUCCAUCGCUACUUUGCCCAUGGUGGAGAGGGGGGCUGUGGAGAAGCUGGGACGGGCGUGA